GCUCCCGGCCAUGAACGACUCGGCGACGGGCUCUGAGACGGGCUGGCAGCCCGAGUCGGUCAUCAUCCCCCUGGUGUACCUCAUCAUCUUCCUCGUGGGCACGGUGGGCAACUGCCUGGUCCUGGCCGUGCUGCUGCGCAACGGGCAGGUGAAGAACACCACCAACCUCUUCAUCCUCAACCUGGGGGUGGCCGACCUCUGCUUCAUCCUCUUCUGCGUCCCCUUCCAAGCCACCAUCUACACCCUGGAGGGCUGGGUGUUCGGGGCCUUCAUGUGCAAGGCCGUCCACUUCUUCAUCUACCUCACCAUGUACGCCAGCAGCUUCACCCUGGCCACCGUCUCCCUCGACAGGUAUUUGGCCAUAAGAUACCCUCUGCACUCGAGGGACCUGAGGACACCCAGGAAUGCCCUCACAGCCAUCUGCUUCAUCUGGGGACUCUCCUUCAUCUUCUCAGGCCCUUACCUCAGCUACUACCAAGAGUUCCAGUUGGCCAACCUGACCGUCUGCCACCCCAUCUGGGAGAUCUCCCAGCGCAAGGUCAUGGACAUCUGCACCUUCAUCUUCAGCUACAUCAUCCCAGUGCUGAUCCUGAGCCUCACUUACAUGCGGACUAUUCGCUACCUGUGGAGGUCUGUAGACCCUCUCCAAGACAUGUCAGAGUCCAAGAAGGCCAAGCGGAAGGUCACCAGGAUGAUCAUCAUUGUAGCCAUCCUGUUCUGCCUCUGUUGGCUGCCCCAUCACCUGGUCAUCCUCUGUGUCUGGUUCGGGUACUUCCCCCUCAAUCACGCCACGUACGUGCUCCGCAUCCUCUCCCAUCUCCUCUCCUACGCCAACUCCUGCGUGAACCCCAUCGUCUACGCCCUGGUCUCCAAACACUUCCGCAAGGGCUUCAAGAAGAUCUUCAUCUGCCUCUUGCACAAGAAGGCGGCCAACAAGGUCCAUGCGGCCCAAGCGAUGAACACGGUCAGCAUGCUGGAGGCAGAGCUCAGCGAGGUCACCCACAUCAGCGAAGCCCUGCCCGGCUGUUCCUCCGGGCACUGCAAGGUCCCGGCCCAGCCCUGGGAGGAGGCAGAGCCGGUGGGACGUCAGCAGAAAGCAGAUGGCUCCUUCAUCACCUUCAACGUCAGCUAGCAGAGCUCCUUCCCAACCCACGGCUUUGCAGUUUCCCACAGCAUCACAGCCGUGGGGGUGGGCUAAGUUUUGGGUUAAAAUGCAUUAAAUCGUACCUUUUUUCAUUCCAGUGCAUCCAGAUGUCAUAACUGUUGAAGUGAUGCUCCUGAUGGACUCAGCCAAGUGACCGACCGAGGAUCCCAAGGGCAGGAUUUGCUUCCACCGAGCACUUCCUGAGGGAUCAAACCCCCAAAUCAGCUCUCAUGUGUUCCUCUCUCACAGAGAGACUUACACCCUGUUGCAUCUACGCCUGGAACUAUGGAAAGCUCCGGUCCCUCCAACCAGCACAGCUCCUGGCUGGAGUUAGCAGGAUGUGCUUUUAGGGAUAUUUGGGAAAUCUCGAUUCGUUUGUGUUCCAGUUCAGCUGUGUCCCAGAGCAAUGCUGGUUACAGCCACAUGGGCACAAACCCAAGCCAAGGUAGGAAAAGCCAGGAGAAAAGCACAGAACUCAAGAGACAAACCUUCCUAGCGCUGGGCUUUACUAUCUCCUUGGGGUUUUGGCUUGGGGGGGGGUUUCCUGGAGAUGGACCACAGCUGGAAGCAGCAUCUGUGACUGAGCUGAGUGCCAUAGCCCAGGUACAGGACUGCCAAGGACACAGGACACUGCUCUGUGCUGCUGACCAUGGCUCAUCCCUGCCCUUUCAGUGGGUGCGAGGCUCUGCAGAGCAUCUGGAGGUCACCAAGAAGGGAGACCAUUUACCAGGGGAGUGCAGCUGUGGCCCCACGGGAGAGGCGACGCUGCCGGGGGAAGCAGAGCGGGACAUCGGUGGGGGGAUCCUCCCCCAUCAGGGCUGGGGGAGGAUUUUAAUGCUUUCAGACAACUUGGGCAGGGUGAGGUGCUUGCUGUGAAGAGCAAAGCACUGGCACUGCCUUCCUGCGGCUACGUGUGAGGCCAGGCAGCCACAAGAGAAUCAUAGAAUGGUCACAGUUGGAAGGGACCUUAAAGACCACCCAGUUCCAACCCCCCUGCCCUGGGCAGGGACACC